UGGAGCCGGAGGGGGGCGGGCGGCGCGGCGCGCGGCGCCAGGAGCCGGAGCGGCCGCGCGUUCCCCGGUGACGGCGCCGCGCGCGCCCCGCCCCGCCGGCGACGGGCGCCAGAUUGUUCUUCGGCAAUUAAUGUACACUUACCUCAGUACUCUAAGUCUGUUGACGCUUUGGGUAAUAAUGGCUCAGAUCCAGCAAGGAGGCCCAGAUGAAAAGGAGAAGACUACUGCGUUAAAGGAUUUAUUGUCUAGAAUAGACUUGGAUGAACUAAUGAAAAAAGAUGAGCCACCACUUGAAUUUCCUGAUACUCUGGAAGGAUUUGAGUAUGUUUUUAAUGAAAAAGGACAGUUAAGACACAUAAAAACUGGUGAGCCAUUUGUUUUUAAUUAUCGUGAAGAUUUGCAUAGAUGGAACCAAAAGCGCUAUGAAGCUCUUGGGGAGAUCAUUACAAAAUACGUUUAUGAACUACUGGAAAAGGAAUGCCACUUGAAGAAAGUAACUCUCCCAGUUGAUGCGACUGAAAGUGAACCAAAGAGCUUUAUCUUUAUGAGUGAAGAUGCAUUAACAAAUCCUGACAAACUACUGGUCCUAAUUCAUGGUAAUGGCGUUGUCAGAGCAGGUCAGUGGGCUAGGAGACUUAUAAUUAACGAAGAUCUGGACAGUGGCACACAGAUACCAUAUAUAAAGAGAGCUAUUGGGGAAGGCUAUGGAGUAAUAGUACUGAAUCCCAAUGAGAACUAUAUUGAAGUGGAGAAGACAAAAGCCCAAGUACAGCUGUCUUCUGAUAGCUCAGAUGAACCUGCAGAAAAGAGGGAAAGAAAAGAUAAAAUCCAGAAGGAAACAAAGAAGCGACGUGACUUCUAUGAAAAGUAUCGAAAUCCACAGAAAGAAAAAGAAACUAUGCAGAUGAAUAUUAGAGAUAAUGGAUCUCCUGAAGAACAUGCAAUUUAUGUUUGGGACCAUUUUAUUUCCCAGUCAGCUGCAGAGAACGUGUUUUUUGUUGCUCACGGUUAUGGUGGACUUGCCUUUGUAGAGUUGAUGAUUCAACGAGAGGCAGAAGUAAAGAAUAAGGUAACUGCUGUGGCGUUGACAGACUCAGUUCACAAUGUGUGGCAUCAAGAAGUUGGGAAAACUAUUCGAGAGUGGAUGCGAGAGAACUGCUGUAACUGGGUGUCCAGCUCCGAGCCGCUGGACACUUCGGUGGAGUCCAUGCUGCCCGACUGCCCCCGCGUCUCUGCAGGCAUCAGGCACCUCGAUGGUGCCCAUCGCAAAGUGAUGGGCAGAGCAGAGGGGAGGGUUUCCUUCUCUUCCCCUCAGUGGAUGCUUUGCCUCAGGAGAGCCGUGGCCAUUCCCACGGGGGAAAGGUACAGAGCGCCAUGAACUAACUUCCUGGAAGAGUUUUCCGUCUAUUUUCAAGUUCUUCAGCGAGGCGGUAGAGGCAAAGAACAGCUCAGUGAAACCAACCCCAAUGCGGCGCUCCAAUAGGAUAAAAUACGAAGAAUUGUAAAAGGAGGGAAAAAAAAAAAAAAAAAACCACACCACCACCACCUUCUUCGCUGCUGCUUUUCUGCAAGCAGUCUCCCAGCCCCUCAUUAGAUUGUUUUCUUCCUAGAGCACAGGGUCGUGAUGUAUACAUCUAAAUAGCGUUUUGCAUUAUUUCUAGAUGAGUGCAACUGUCAAAGCAAUAUGGGUUCACUGGUUGUGCUUCCUGUGGGCUGUAACUUGGAUUUCGUGCUGCCCAUCAGCGCGCAGAUUAAGGCUGACAGUGGUACUGCACAGUGCAGCAUGGUGCAGCUCUAAUUGCCCUGACAUAGCCCUGCACCAAGCUGAUGCCAGAAUUUAACAGCUUCGUUGUGGUCCUAUCGCCUGCAGGAUUUUUUACUGCUUCCUUCUAUUUUAAGAUAGAACAAAACAGGAAUUACUCUUUCUUAAAGGUGGCUCUAACUCAGAAGUGCUAACCAGUGCAUGAUUUUACACCCAGUAGCCUUCUCUUUCUCUGGGACCAAGUGGGAUCAGCUCUUGACUCUUUCAUUUUCUGCUGGUAGGAGGGUCCAAGAAGUUUGGUCCAGAUUAUUGGAAAGCCCCUUUGUUGGAGAGAUUUUCUCUUCCUGCCGGAUCAAUGGCAUUAUCUGUAGAUCUUCUCUUCCUUUUGAAAGCUCCACUUUAAAAAAUGCCUAUUCUUUAACUGGCUGGAUCACACUGUGAUAUAUGACAGAAAAAAAAAAAAAAAUAAGACACAUUGCACAUUUUCCUGUUAAUUUUUAAAUGCAAAGAUGCUUCCAUUUUCAUACUCUGGGUUUGUAACGACUUGCCAUCCCGUGGUGAUUCCUUUUUGCCUGAACUCACGGGUUCGUCCCCACGUUCCCAGGAGCGGGGGGGGGCCGCCCUGCGUGGGGACCCGGCGCCGCGCGUGGGGGGAUGCGGCUGUACCCACCGCCGUCGCUGUCGGCAGCUUUUCUCCGCUAAAACGUCUGAUAAGCGACAAGACGUGCCUGAUAGCGUGCCCGGAGAACGAGCGCGCUAAUUAAGCUCCUUUAGUGUUGAUGAUGCUAAAUUAAAGUGAUCUUUUCUUCAAUGGCCGUGCCCGCCUCCCCUCUGAUGCUGUUAGUGUCGAGGAGGCGACACUCAAACACACGAGUUUGGGACCCCCAUCCCACCCCCACCCUCACGUAAUGUUUCCUAUCCCACAGCUCGGGGCCGGGAAAGGCGAGGCGGGGGGGGGGGGACGACGUUAAAGCGAGGUGAUGCCGGAAUGGGUGUACCCCCCUCCGCCACGGAGCAAAGGCAGUGAUGCUCAUGGGGGGUGCAGGGGGAAACCCGGCCGGGUUUGGGCCGAAAUUCUCCGGCUGGGCGGGGGGGGGGGGGGGUGUCUCCGCACCUGCGGAGCGCUCUCAUCCCUGCCUGCUCGUAUCGGCAGCGGGUUCCCCCCCCGCCCGGCUCCAGCCACCUCGCUACGUUUAACCUCUCCCCUUUGCAAGCAUCCCCCCCGUUGCGGAGAUCGCUGUGCCCCCCCGGCCCCGGGAGGGGCUGGGGGGGGAGGGUCAUGCCGUGCCUACGCGGAGUGCAGCGCAAAAUCCACACCCGGCGGUUUUUCUUCCGCGGAGGGGAACCUGUUGCUGGGGGGAGAGGUCUGCAGCCUGCUCCCCCCACUCCGUCGGAGGAUGCUGCUGCCUGCGCCCGGCCUGACCCUCCACCACGGGGGUCUGCAGUCCCUUCCCACCCCCAGGCCUGGGCCCCCCCCCCCCCCCCAGCCCUCCCGGUCCCCUUGUGUUUGGGGGGAAGGAGGGCGCCUGAGUCGUGUUUUGGGUUUCUGUGCUUCUUCCCACAGCCGGAGAGGCCGGGGAAGGUUUGAUACACCCCCCCCACCCCCCCGCCACUCUCCAUCUCCGGGGUGCUAAAUGUUGCGGGAACGGAUAUAUUUUUUUAAGUAUCGAUAAGAAACGAAGUCUACAAAAAUUUCUACUGUAACGAUUGCCCUCUUUUUAAGGCUUUUUCUUUACCUGGCCCGGCUCGCGUUACUGCUUCUGUAAGGGGCUGUAAAGCACGGGGGGGUCCUCGCCACUGGUACUUCUCUGCUUGCACUGAACAAAAAUAAAGAUACUUUUCUCUC